AUGGCACGGCAACGCUGCAGCUUGACAGUCCUCACCGUUCUCGUGUUCGCGUUGUCUUCUCAUUCGGUAACGCGCUCAUCCGCGACCGAAAAUUACGAUGUGCUUUUUUACUCCGCGGGACCCUACACCCCGUGCGGCACGUCGGGUAACUUCUCCGCGGUCGGCGUGCAAGGCGCAUUAGAGCCGUACAAGGGAGAGGUGGCAUCGCCUAAAGGACAAGCGAUAUCGGGGCGAGUGACCAUUUACGAUGACUGCUACUUCGCGCUCUCAGAUCUCAGCAUCAGCGCGGCCGUGGACGCGCCGAUAUCCAUCUGGGCGGGGCCCAAGGACGUCGACCCCUACUCGCACGCCGCGCCCGUCGACCCCUAUGCCGCCUCCUCCUUUCCUGCCUCCGCCGCCUCCGCCUUCGCACCGGCCAGCGCCGCAUUCAACCUCACGGCGACGUCGCUGAUGGCAGUAUUUCUGCAGGCGGGCGGACUCACCUGGGACGAGGCGCAGGUGCUCUACCUCUGCGCAGGGUCCGCCUCCGCGGGAAUCACGCAGAUCUACGCGCAGUUCGCGGUGGGCGGGAGGGAGCACGCGGGCCCGCACGGCAAGACCGUGCGGUGGGUGCGGAAGACGGUGGGGGCGGCCGCGAGGGAGCAGCGCCUGCUCUUGCCGUCGCCCCCCGCUCGCCCGCCCCCUCCGCCCCCCAAGCCACCUGCGCCGGGCAGCAGCGGGCCGUCCGUGGGGCUGACCAACUGCGUGGAGGCGGUGCCGGGGCGGCUGAACAUAUACUGGACCGUGCAUCACGGCGACGCGGACGCAGGUGCCGCGGGACCGCCGCAAGACGUCUCCUCAGUCACCGGGUCCUCCACCGCGCCCGGCAGCAGCAGCGCUGGCAGCGGCGCCGGCGGCGGCGGCGGGGGAAAGGGGCCGGUGGUGGAGAUGGGGAUGGAGGCGCGCGUGGGCGAGGGGUCGUGGGUGGCGGUGGGCGUGUCGCGCAACCAGACGCGCUUCGCCAUGCUGCAGAGCGACGUGACGGUGGGCGGCGUGCUGGCGGACGGCGGAGGGGUCUUUGCGCGCGACUACCACGUCACGGCCAAGCAGACGUGCCAGCAGGUCGCGGGCGGCUUCGUUGGCGUGUGCGAGGACGCGCUGCUGGGCUCGUCCCCCACGUCCCUCAACGACGUCACCCUCGUCUCCGCCUCGCGCCGCGCUGACGUCACCUUCAUCCGCUUCACGAAGCCCGCCGCCACGGCGGACGACCGCUUCGACGCCAACCUGCUGCGCGCGCCGGGCCUCUCCGCGCUCUGGUGGGUCGUCUUCGCCGCGGGCCCGCUCGCCCCCGCGUCCACCGCCGCCGCGCCCACGCUGCUCUUCCACGACCCCGCGCUGGGCUACUUCUCUGGCGGCACGCGCAUCCCCUUCGCGCCGCCCGCGCCCAUCCGCACCUGCUCCCCGCUCUGGGGCACCAAGCCCGAGUACCACCCCCCGCUUCCCCCGUACGCGCCUCCGCCUCCCCCGGGCGCCUCUGCGCCGCCCCCGCCUGGCGCGGACGCGGGAGGGGGCGUGGCGGGCAUGCCGGGGCUGCGCGAGUGCAGCACGGCGGUGGGCGGGCAGGUGUACGCGUUCGACGCGUGCGACGCGCUGCCCGGCGGCUUCCUGCUCAUGUGGUCGCUGGCGGGCAUCACGCUGCGCGCCGCGUUCGUCGCGCAGGCCGUGCCCGACGGCGGGUACGCCGCCGUGGGGCUGUCGCCGUCUGGCGCCGUCGCCAACUCGAGUCUGCUCGUCGUCUCGUACGCGCAGGCGGAGCGGGGUGCCGGGAAGGGCGCGGGCGCAGGGGCAGGCGGAGCGGAGGUGGAGGUGGGGCAGGUGGUGGUGCGUGCGGGUGCGCGGGGCGUGGGCGUGGAGGCGGUGGCGGGGGGCGAUCUGACGGUGGUGAGCAGCGUGGGGCAGGCGAGGAACGGCGCGCUGACGCUGCUCUUCUCGCUGCUGCUGCUGCCCAACCAGACGGCCGCGGCGUACCUCGUGUGGACCAAGGGGCAGCGCGCGCAGCUCUCUCUGCCCGCCGCCGCGGCUGCCAACGAGACGGGGGGGGUGCUGUCGCUGGACGGGCUGGACGCGCUGAUGACGUCAGCCAUCAGCUUUGAACGCGGCGAGCCGAAAGACGAUUCCAAUGACACCAUCCGGCUCUGGAAGAUCCACGGCAUAAUCAGCACGGUGGCGUGGGCGUUCCUCAUGCCGCUGGGCGUGAUGGCAGCGCGCUACCUGCGGCAGGUGUACGCGCGCUGGUUCCCCGUGCACCAGGCGCUGCACCUCGCCGCCGCCUCGCUGGCCACCGUCGCAUUCACGAUGGCGCUCACCAUGCCGCACGGGGCUAUUGAGGGGCGCGCUGACAAGGCGUCGCGGGGGACAUGUGUGGUGGCGCACACGGCCAUGGGCAUCUCGCUCAUGGUCAUCGCAGCGCUGCAGGUGUGCUGGGGGCACAUGCUCACAGCCCCUCUCUGCUGCCUCCGGGCUCUCGGCAUCCGCUUCCAUACUUCUCCUUCUCGCCGCCUCCUCGUAUCCCUCUCUCCCUCCCUCCGCGCUCAUUUCCACCCUUCCCCACUCGCUCUGCGCUCACAUCGCUCCGCUCUCCCCUCCCGUGCAUCCCCCUCCCGACCGCAGUUGUCAGCGCUGGUGUGGCGGCCGCACGAGGACAGCAAGUGGCGCCCGUACUGGCGGCGCGUGCACGCUGUGGGAGGCGCGGUGGCGCUGCUGCUGGGGCAGGCACAGCUGCUCGUUGGCCUCUUCAUCUCAGCAGCCCCCCUCUUCUACACGGUGCUGCUGGCAGCGUGGCUCAUAUUCGCGCUCCUCCUCACCACGGCCCUCGAGCUCCACUUCUUCCCCACCUUCUACCGCCUUGCGCACUGCUGGGACCGCCUUCUGGGCCGCGACGCUGACGUGGCGUCUGACGUGGACAGCCUCUGCGCGUCCAGUGAGAGGCUGGCGGGCGGCGCUGGUAGAAAGGGGGUGACGGUGGAGGGGGAGGGCGGCGAUGGGGGGAAGGGUGCGGCAGGGGGAUGGGUGGCGGUAGUGGUGGCGGUGCUGCGGCGCAGCAGGGGCGCCGGCAUGCUGCCUGAACGGCCCAGGGCGCAGGGGAGGAGGGCAAACGGGGGGAAAGGUGAGGGGAGGCGAAGGGGGAGAGGAGGGGGUGCAGGAGGGGGAGCGGGGGCGAGUGAGAGGGCGGGGAGAGGGGGCAGCGUGGGAGCGGGGCGGGGCGGGUACAUGAGCAUGGCGGGCGCCAACGCUGCCACCGACCGCCGCUCCAAGGAGCUGCUGCCCCCUCCGGCUCCCCCGCCCCUGCCAGCCCCUGUUCUGUCGGCCCUGCCGCACUCACAAGCACCUACUCCCGCCUCUGCUGGUGGUGCUGCAGCUAGUGGUGGUGGUGGGAUUGGUUCAGAGGGGGCAGGAGCGGAAGGGGGGAGAGCAAAGGGGGUGGAGGCACGGGCGGGGGCGUUUGGGCGAAGCCAGACGGUGGCAGAGGGGGGUUGCAGAGAGGGUGGCGGCGUCCAAGACCAUGGCGCUGCUGCUGCUGCUGCUGCUGCUGCUGCUGCUGGUACUGCCGCUGCUGGUACAGGUGGUGGUGGUGGUAGUUCAGGGGCCAGCACGCAAUCACGAGGCGUGUGGGCGGGUGGAAUGGCAGCUUGGAAGGCUGAGGAGGCGGCGAGAGAGAGAAGGGGAGAGGGAGUGAGGGAGGGAGUGAGUGAGUACAUUCGCACAGACAAGUACAACGUGCGGGCCACAGUAGUGAGAGCACCAGACCUGGCUCUCAGAGGGAGAGCGGCCCGGCAGGCAGGGGCAGGUGCGGUGGCAGGGGGGGCAGGCGGGGGAGCAGGAGGAGGGGCAGGGCCGGCAAGCACAGUGAGCGGGGCGGGAGGGGUGAUGCAAUAA